AUGCCGCGAAAUGAUGCAUUCCCUGCUUCGGCGUGCCCAUGUUCCGAGUCGGGGUGCUUCCAGCGACCGGCGGCCGACUGGGCUCCGCUCCAGUGCCGAGCGUCGUCGCUCUGCGGGCGAACCUUGGAUUCAGCGAUUAUCGAGAGGCCCGCCAACGCGGACAGCGGUCGCGUGACAAUCCUGACAGUGCUCAGCUACACGCCGAACCCAGACAUGCCCGGCGAUUUUAGGCGCUACCUGCACCAGUUCCGCUCGCUCGUGGACCUGCUCCACUCGCUCCUCCUCACGGCCACCACGCUGCCCGUGCACACGCUCGUCACCACGCGCUACGCGGAGUUUGAGGAGCGGCUUCAGGCGCUCAAAGCGCGGAUGCUGCCCGUGGUCAGCCUCGUGCAGUUUGACAAGGUCAUCUUCCUCGAUAACGACUGCCAGGUCAUCUUCCUCGAUAACGACUGCCAGGUGCUCCGGAAUGUCGACCACCUUGCCUCUGUAGAGGCGCCCGCCGCCGUCUUCCACUCUCCGGACGCUCUGCAGCCGCAAGGCGGGAUCAACAGCGGAAUGAUGGUUUUGCGGCCGUCGCGAGAGGCGGCGGCUGAGAUGCUCGAGGCGAUGCGCUCAUUGCCGGCCGACGCCGCUGUCGAUGGUAGCGAUCAGGCGGUGUGGCACGCGUACUUCAAGCGACACCCGGUCUACGAGCUACCGCGCGGCUAUAAUUUCCGCACGAGCAGCAGUGGGAUUCUCGACCGCGACCGAUGCCUCGCCUACAUCAUACAUCAUGUAGACAAGAGCUCGAGACAAGGCACGCUGAAGCCCGAGAUCAUGAGGAGGGUCUACACGCGCACCGGCUGCUGGCCGCUCCUUAUGUUCCCGGACGCGCUCCGGCUGAAGGUCAAUGCCAACGCGACGGCGUGGAACGAGCGCUUCCGCCACGCGCCGCCGCUGGCCGCCGAGGAGGAGGGCAGCCCCGACGGCGAGAGAGCCACCAUGCGAUCCGUAUGA